AUGCAGAGCGAGUAUGUGGAAGAUCCAAGCGAUUGGAAAUCAACGCAAAACAUCAUUGCAGAACUUUUCCCAGAAUCGGAUCGUCACGGGAAGUUCUUCGUGGAAGCAGGAGCCCUAGAUGGGCAAACACUUUCUAAGACUCUUUAUUUGGAGAAAAAGUACGGCUGGACUGGACUCCUCGUUGAGCCAAACCCACAUCUUUUCAAGAAACUGUCAGAGUUAGGAAGAAAUGCUUGGUUAGCUCCUUAUUGUCUUUCUCCAAAGGAUGAGAUCACGCAUGAAGUCAUGGAGUACAUGUAUCAAGAGGGGAAUCCCAUUGUCGGCAUAACAGGUGGAAUCGCCAAGCAAGGACUGUUUCGCAAGAUAAUUCAAAAAGGGGUUGAAUUGAUGGAGACUGGAUUUUCUGGAGCCGAACACCAUAAGGCAUCUGUUAUGUGCUAUCCACUGCAUACGCUCCUUGAUGACAUCGGUAAUCGAAGUUGA